AUGGAUUCCAAGCUCCGCCUCAUGUGCAGCUACGGCGGCCACAUCACGCCAUUCGAUAACUCACUCUUCUACAUCGGCGGAGACACUCGCAUAGUCUCCGUCGACCGUCACUCUUCCUUAACAAACAUCUUUUCUCAUCUCUCUCUGACUCUCCUUCACGGAAGAAAACCUUUCACUCUUAAAUACCAUCUUCCCAAUGAAGACCUCGAUAACCUUAUCACUGUUUCCACCGACGAAGACCUCCAGAACAUGAUCGAAGAGUAUGAUCGUUUGUCUUUAAACCUUUCACCUUCACCUUCUCGACUCAGAUUGUUCCUGUUUUUAUCCAAACCAGAAACUGCUGUUUCGAUGGGCAAUUUUGAUAACUCUGAUGAUCAUGCGUGGUUUGUCGAAGCUCUCAACAACUCAGGUAUUCUGUCGCGAGUGGUUUCUGAUUCUGCCGCGCUGGUUGAUAAUUGCCUGCUCAACCUUGAUGAUGAUGAUGAUCAUGUUAGUGCUGCUUCAAGCAACGGCGGAGAAAAUACUAAUAGUACCAAGGAGCAUUUGAUUGAUAUGGAUUAUUCGAUGCCUGUGGAAGACAAGAACAACGUUACUGUCAAACUUCCUCCAAUAGAAGUUGAUGAUAAUGAUACCGCUAUGUCGAAUAAUAUAAAAAGUGAAGUAUCUGAUAAAAACGAGCAACAUCAAUUUGUCUAUAUUCAAGGUCAGGUUCCAAUAUCAUCAUACUACCCCGUUUAUGCACCACAAUCAUACCAACAACUUCAUCAAUACCCAGUUUAUGCAAUGCCAAUCGGACUUGGAUCCAUACAAUCACAAAGCAUAUCCAAUAUAGCUGCUGAUACGAAGGUGGCAAUGGCAGUGGCACCAAAUCCUGCUUUUGUGCAAAUACAUUCCGAUCAAUUUCAGCAGCGAUAUGUGAGUUUGCCUCAAAACCUAAAUAUUCAUCAGACUAUUUAUGGUUAUGAAUACAAUGGAGCUCAGAAAGAACAAAUAUACUACACACCACAACAUCCUGCAGACGCAAUUGCACCUCCACAGUACACCAAUCCAUGACCCCAUCAGCUUCUGCUUCAGCACUAUCAGAUGUUUCAACUUGAGAGUAAUGUAUUGUUGAUUAGCUUAAUAAGUCAUGGUUGUAUGAAUAAGCACAAAGAUAAAUCUCUGUGUUGGAUCUGUAGUAACA